ACAUUCCCUGCCACACGCUUCGUUCUUCUCUUCCACUUCUGUCGGAUGCUGCCUGUAUGCGCCACUGGAACUUACAAUUCUGAAUUGAUCGGUUCUGUUUUGGGCGUUGAGGAGUUGCUUCAAAUUUUGAUAGCAGCUCUGGUGCCGGUGUGUGUCUUGUUGGAUGAGUUGACAUGCCAUGCCGACGUUAGGGUUUCUGACUCGGCUUCAGACUUGAUCAAUUCAACCACUGAUUCCCCAUCUGAGGAAGUCCCCAAUCUGGGAAUUAGAGGUAGAGCGCGCGUUGAAGCUUAAGGGUAGGAGUGGGACUUGAGGCGCA